CUCGGGGCCGCGCCGCGACGGGGCGGUCCCGCCGCAGCCGCCCACGGCGCCUCCGGGCGAGCCCGGGGGCGGCCCCGGCGCGGCGGGGGGCAGCGGCCCGGCCCCGCCGCCGCCCCCAGCUCCGGCCCCGGCCCGCCUCUGCGCCGCGACGGGGCGGGCGGCGGCGGCUCCGCGCCCGCCACCGGCAUGGAGGCAGCGGGGUGGCGCGGCCGGGCCGAGGGGCUCCCCGCCUGCGGGGCGCUGCUGCUGCUGCUGCUCGCAGAAGAUUGUCUGGCUCAAUGCGAUAAUGACUGCAAAGCUUACUGCUGCGAUGGGACUACUCCCUACUGCUGCUCGUAUUAUGCCUACAUCGGGAAUGUCCUUUCAGGCACAGCAAUAGCUGGAAUUGUUUUCGGUAUAGUAUUUAUAAUGGGAGUGAUUGCUGGGAUCGCCAUCUGUAUCUGCAUGUGCAUGAAGAACAACCGCGGGACUCGAGUAGGGGUCAUCCGAACGACGCACAUCAACACUAUCAGCACGUACCCAGUGGCUCCACCGCCAUACAGUUAUGAAUACGAAAUGGAGUACCCAGCUGAUCUGCCUCCACCUUACACUCCAACUCCACAGACUUCGAUACAGUACCUUCCACCCCCUCCCUACCCUGGAUAUUCAGGGAAAUAACGAAGUGGCACCACAUGGAUAUUAACUGCCUGUUGAAACAGCCAGCACCUUUGGGACAGACAUUUUUGACUCAGGGACAAAUAGGAGGGGGUCUGCAGCAACACACGUGGCCAGGUACUGGCGUAACUGAGGAAGGUUGCCACGGCUCAGGAUGAAGGAAAGUAUCACCCAUUCCAGCUCAUCGAGUUGGAAGGUUAAGCAACACAUGGCCAAAGAAACAGUUACUGCAACUUAGUGCAACGAGCAGCGCUUAGCAUCACUGCUUGGCUUCAGCAGCAACCUGAUGCAGCAGAUUGGGGCGAUGCUCUUCCCGGUUCGGAAGGCGCCUGGUGCAGAUGGUUAAGCGGCUCUGUUCUGAAUGCACAAUACGCAGCUGCUGGGGCUUGUUCGGGGGGAAAAUUCCGACUGUAGUCUUCAAACACGCACUCUGCCUUGCCUUGAAAUGAGGUGAACAAGGAAGACUGAAGCUAUUUUCAGCUUCCAUUUCAGGAUGAUAAUACCAGAUGAUCAGCUGUGCAUAUUGACCUGAUAAAUAUAUUACAGAGAGAAGUGCUCUCGGAGUGACUCAGUAGCCAAAAAAUGACUGGUGUUAUUUUUGGCCAAAUGCAGGCUGUUUUAAGUGCCUACUUUUAAACAGGUUGAGGCUAGUUUCUGGCCUAAAAUGUAAACAUAAAGAGCAUUUUUUAUAUGUGAAUUACACUAAUUUAUAGCUGAUUUAUUUUUAUCUGGACUUAAAUACUAUAUACAUUGGACAUAUGCUACACAGUCUUUAUGCUCUUUUAUCACUAAAUGAUACUCUCAUUUUAAAAACAUAGGGAUUUAGGAAAACUCAGAAGCACCAUAAGAGGUAUAAAUCAGGUAUUAAAACAUCACAGAUUUGACUUUCAGUUGAAUUACUGACUAAACUACAUAAAGAAAGACCAGCUUUUUUAAAAUUGAGUAUCAUUUUACAGUAAUAAUGAUAUUCACCCUAAACAAAAAGAUGAGCAGAAAGACCGUGAACAUCAGAUUUCUUUUGUAUGUUGUCUUGGACAUUUUAGAACUGUAAGUUACUAAAUGAUAUUUUUUGCAUUCCUCACACACAUAGUUCAAGAUCAUUUAGUCUCUACCAUGUAAAGUACAGAUGUUCAUGAUUUAAAGUGUUCCAUCCUUUUUUGGGCAAACUCUAAUUCAGCAGCAGCUAUUUGACUUCAGAAUAGAGUAUCCACUUACCUAAAGCAUCAUCCUUUGAUGAUAAGAGUAGCAUUUUUUUCUCAGUUUUAUAUGCAAACCACAAAGCAAAUGGUUCUCUUCAGGGAUUUAGAAAUACUGUAGUCCUUCAGUCUGAGUUGGGUGGCUGAGCUGUUUGAGAACUUUUUAGCCAAAAUAGUGGAAGAUGACAAAAACCUAUGGAACCUACAGUUCAGGACAGCAGUGGCGUUAGAUUCAUUGCAGAGAGACAGACUUCAAGUUGCCACUCAUUCCUGGAGAUCGGAAUAUGUUUAAAUGUUGUCCAGUGUAGCCCUCAUCUUUUUUUCAGGUGUAUCAGUGUAUUAAUGAAUUAAAAAAACAGCUUGCAAAAGGUGGUAUCCAUAGCCCAGUGAAGUCAGCUGAAUAGCUCUCCUCACCCUCUAAGUAAGGCGUGUAUUUGGCCUUCAGUCCACACUGAGGGAAGAAUUCAAACAAUCAUGUAACUUUAAGCACACAGGUUAUUCAUAAGCCCUCUUGUAUCCAAGACCUUACUGACUGUUGUCGCUCAGAUUUUAUAAUUGCAUUUGUCCUUUCUGGGCUGACUAGCCAUAUCCUCUUGAACACCCCAUCUGAAAGCAUAAACGGCCUUAAUUCUCACCACUAUAAGUUUGGAGGAUCUGCAUUGUGGCCCUUGGUCAACUGAGCCUUUGAGGCAGAGCCCCAUUAGGUAUCCAGGCAUUUGUAACCCACUCAGAGGAAAACUGGGCUGUGUUACAGGUUUUGGUUGCUGCUGGUUCCUUAGAGUCUUCCCCAAAGAAGAGAAGUUAUAUUCUCAUUUCUAUUGUGCUGUUCAAAGAUGACAAGUCCAGAACUAGGUUAUCUUUGAAAAUUACUUCUGCUCUGGGCUAUAACCUGUAACAUUUUAGUUGCUAACGUGACCUUUCUUAAAAGAUGGACGUUCCUCAGUUUAAAUCCUCCCAUAAAGUGCACCUUCAACCUUCUGCACUUGGUGUUUUGAUGGUCCCUACUUAAGCCAUCUGUUGGGGUAUUGCUGUGCCUGCCAACCUUCCCGUCUGGGCUGGUGGUCAGCAUGAAUAACAGAAUAAGCAAUUUUCUCUGUGGGAAAUAUUAUUUCACAUAGUUCUACACUGGUACUCUAGCACUUUACAGUUGAUCACACCAGAUAAUGUUUCUGUGCCAAAAACUAACCUACAAGUAAUGAGUAUUUUCAUUUCCCUCAUUCUUGCAUUUUAUUUCUUCUGUAUAACACUGAACAGGCAGACCUUCAAAUCAAAGAGCAGUUUGUAUUUGAUGAAUCCAGUCUCCUGAAAAGUAUAGAAAAAGAAAACUAUCUUAUAGAUAAUAAAUCUUCCCUUAGAGGAAGAAUUUUCCCAACUAUGACAUUUGUCAGCAUAAGCUAUAGAGCAGAUUUCUUAAAUAAAAAGGCAUUUCUGGAAAAUAAAA